AUGUAUACCGACGUGAAGGAGGACACCUGGUCAUUCGGUGGUGGCAUUGGCUUGUUUCUUAAAAAGAUUGCUCAACCGGGAUAUUUUGACCACCUCCGCACUCUGGUUUCCUCUUUGAACCGUGGCGUAAAUCGCAAGGUCGCUUUGGAUCACUACACCCAGUUGGCCGGGGAGGAAGCUGACAGGGUGCUUGAGAUCUGGAGCAAGCAAGAUAGGGUCCAAGUCUUCGAAGAAACCUCCCGUUUUGUGCAUCGAGUAAUUGUUCGGUGUUUAAUGGGUCAAGACUUUUAUGAUAAUCAUGUGGACGAGCUCUACGAUAUCUUGCACCACAUGGAGACAGAUAUAGGUCAUCCUCUUAACAUGCUUCUACCCGACUGGAUCCCCCAUCCACCAUCGCGUCGACUGAAACAGCAUAGAGACCGGUUUGGGCGAAUUUUCCAACAGCAGCUUGCAGAGCGGCGCAAGGAUCCUCAAGCAUGGAAGGACUCCUUGGACUAUAUUUCAUUUACCCUGGAGGAUCCACGAACCGCCCAUCUCGAAGACUGGCUCCCUUCCCAUCAUACAGUAAUGAUGUUUGCUGCCCAUACAAGCACAGUGGCCAGCAUUGCAUGGACAAUCAUAGAGUUACUUCGCAAUCCAGAGUACAUAUCUGAGGUGCGCAAGGCUUUGGAUGCACAUGAUAUGGAUGCGCGCCACACUCCCGCGCUUCUAGCAUGUAUCAAAGAGACUGGUCGUCAUUACUCAGGUGUCCACAUGUUUCGCACCACGCAUCGCCCUGUGGACCUAGAUGAAGGCAAGUAUACGGUCCCUCCAAAUUGGAUUGUCUGCAUAUCCCCUUACCUUACACACCAUGACCCUGAGAUCUACCACGAUCCACAGAAGUGGCUUCCUGAGCGUUGGUUAGAGCACGAUUCUGGCAUGCGGAAUCUAAACAACCCGCAGGAGGUCGCAUUUCUGCAAUUUGGCGCUGGCUGUCAUCGAUGCCCAGGGGAGGCACUGGCCGGAAUUAUCGCUCAACAGCUGGUUUCUCAUCUCCUCAAGAAUUAUGAUGUUGCCUUGGGGAACGACGACCCAUCUCAGGACCUUUCUAUGUUGGAUUUCAGUAAAGUGGGGAGCCCUUGGCUUUUAGGGGAUGCAUAUAUUAGACUCAAUCGCAGAGAGGAGUAG